UCGGGGCUGGGCCCGGCCGUGCCCUGCCCGGCUCGCCGAGGUAUCCAGGACGGCCCGGAGGAAAGCCCGGUCCCGCGGCGCCAGGACCGAGGCACGUCGGUGCGAGCUGUCUUCUGUGUGCAUGUGCACCGGACAAGCUCAUCUAAGGAAAACCAUUCUUUGGCUUGUGGUGCGGCAUCUAAACGCUGUUACAAAGCACAGGAGAACAUAAUUUGGUCUUUUUAUUUACGGAAACUGCGAGAAGAUUCCCAUCUGGCGUGCUGCAGAUUCCAAGGAAGGCAGCGCAAUUGAAGACGCGUCCGCUGCCAUGGUGAACGAGAAGCACGACGGUGCCCUGCUUGUGCAGCUGGGGCCCAGGCUGCAGGCCCGCCCGGAGGAGCUGCUGCGGCAGCGGCGAGGCCGCGACGGCCGCCCGGAAUACCUGGUGCGGUGGAGCGUGCUCAGCUCGGAGGAGAGAGCGGCGGGAGGCGGCGGCGGCCGCUCCGCAGAGAGCGAGGCCGAGGAGAUCUCCCUGUGGAUGUCCGCGGAGGAGGUCCGCGCCGGCUGCCCCGCGCUGCCGGGCCGGAGGAAGCCGGAGGGGCCGCGGCCGGGAGAGGAGGAGGCGCCGGACGAGGCCUCGCUGCGGGAGAUGCGGGCCGACGUCCGGAGCCUGGUGCGGCGAGCCGGGCGCCAGGCGGCCGAGGCCGGCACGCCCGAGCGCUCCGUCCUGAGCACGCUGCACGUGCUGGGCGCCUACGCCGCCAUCGACUCCCUGGCGGGCGCCUUCAGGGAGACGGGAGCCCUGGAGCUGCUGCUGACGCUGCUGCGCCACGAGGAGAAGCGGAUCCGCCGCGGCGCCGGCGAGAUGCUGCGCGCUCUGGGCGCGCGCGAUGCAGAGAGCCGGGCCUAUGUCCUGCUGUCCCUGAGCCAGCAGGAGGACAUCGAGCAGCACAUGGACUUUGACAGCCGCUGCACCUUGCUGGAGCUGUUUGCUGAGAUCACAUCCUCUGCAGAGCGCUGCAUCUCCUUCGAGGGGAUUCACCUCCCGCAGGUCCCUGGGAAGCAGCUGUUGGUCCUGGUGAAGCGCUACCUGCGUGUGACUUCUCUCCUGGACGAGCUGAGCAGCGGCAUGGAGCAGGGGGAGGAGCAGCAGGGCUGUGCUGUGCCCAGCCCCGUCCCCGAGGAGAGGAGCCGUGUGAAGCAGGAGUUUGAGUUCAGCAUGGCCAUGGCAGACCUCAUCUCGGAGCUGGUGCACGCCAUGGGCUGGAGCCACGGGCACGAGGCAGAGGCGCUGCCCCGGCGGGAGCUGCGGCCUCGCCCCGCACGCUCCAUCUUCCAGCACGAGGCCCCGGCCGGUGCUGCUGCCCAAAAGCCCACGGUGCCUUCAAAUCCUGGCCCUCCCAAAAAGCAGGGCUGUACCUUCCUGACCGCAUCAGACUUUGCAGACAGCGGUGACUACGUGGAGUACUUGCAGGCAAACCUGGUGCGCGGCAUGCGGGUGCGCUUGCUGGAGGACUGCGGUGACGUUAGGGCUGGGGAGGAAGGCGAGUUUCUCCAGGGCACAAACAGCAUGCACACAGUACAGGUUUUAUGGCACUCAACGGGUCGGACCUACUGGAUGCGUUGGCACAUACUGGAGAUUAUUGGCUUUGGGGGCCAGCAGGAAGAUCCUGCUGCUCAGGAAAAGGAAUGUGGUGUGAGGAAAAGCUUUAAUCUUGACGCAGCUCCACAGCCGUUCCUGUGCAAGCCCCUGGGGGGGCUGUACUCCCUGCCUUACCUGGGGCAGCGGCCGCCCGAGGCUGCAGAGGCGCUGAGCCGUGCCGAGUGGUGGGAGCUGCUCUUCUUUGUGAGGAAGCUGCGAGCACAGGAGCGGGAAGAGAUCACCGGGCUCAUCCAGCAGCACCAGGGAGAGCAGGUGGAGGAAGAAGCCCUGGUGCAGCUGUCGGUCCCUGCCGAGCUGGCCCGGAAGGUGCUGCGGCUCCUGGAGCAGCGGUGCCAGGGCGGCUCUCUGCGUGCCCUGCGCGGCUCCCGUGUCUACGCCAGACACGGCCCCGGUCGGGGGGCGCAGCGGGACGGUGGAGGGAGCGCGGCAGCGUCCGCAGAGGGCGACGGCGGCCCCGAGGGCGCGACGGCCGAGGCAGCGGAGGGAGAGCUUCGUGCGGCGCCGGGGCCGCCCCGAGCCCGCAGCGUGGCACCGGAGUCGGACGAGCAGCUGUUCAGCGAGCUCUUGGAGAGGGAAGGGCUGUUCUUGCCGGAGGCGACGGAGGAGCAGAGCCGGGCGCUGGGCAGCUCCGCGGGCCCGAGCGAGGGCGGCUCGCUGGACAAGGUCGCGGCCGUGCUGGACGUGAUCCAGAGCAGCGGCUCGGAGCUGGGGCUGCGCUUGGCUGGGCUGGGACACAUCCUGAGGAUCCUGGAGGAGCCCAAGCGGGAGCAGCAGCUCGGCACGGCCGAGGGCGGGCCGGGCCCCGGGAGCGCCGGGGAGAAGCUGGUGCGGGCGGCCGCGGAGCUGCUGAGCGCGGAGGCGGCGGAGAAGGCGCUGGUGGCGGUGACGCUGCGGCUGCUGGCCGUGCUGCUGGCCCGCUGCCCGUGGCGUGUGCCCUUCGCCACGGAGGGCGGCGUGCGGGCCGUGCUGGCCCGCAUGCAGCAGCACGGCCGCUCCGCGCUGGUGCAGCACGCCGGGCUGGCGGCCCUGAAGGUGCUGGUGGGAGCCGCGGACGGGGAGCCGGGAGAGGCCGCCGGACAAUGCUCGUCCUGGAGCCACGGCGACGCGCAGAUGAUGCGGGAGAUCUUCGCCAGCAUCGGCUCUGCCUCCGGCGAGGGCCGCGCCAGCCUGCUGAGCAGCAUCCCCGCUGCCCUGAGCACCAUGCAGAGGGUCCCGGGGGGCUCCUCGGGGGUGCGGAACGGCCUGCUGGUGGUGAACACGCUGAUGGACGGGCACCGGGGCCUGGCGGAGCAGCUGGCUGGCUGCGGUCUCCUGGCGGUGCUGCAGAGCUGCUGGAGGGACGGGCAGAGCAGCGGCCGCCCCCAGGCCGCGCUGGCCCUGAGCGCCGUCAAUCGCCUGGCGGAGCACCGGCUGCCCCUGGGCCCGGGGGCUGCGGGCGCGGAGGUCGCGUUGGACCCGCAGGGCGUGCGGAUGCUGCUGGGCGCCCCGGACGAUGGCGCCUUGUCCAGGGAGGUGCUGGUGGCCCUGGAGCGGCAGCUCUGCGGCCAAGGCCCCGUUCCCUCUGGCCAGGGGGCGUGGCUGCUGCAGGACCGCAGCUGCUUCCACCUGGUGCUGCGCAGCUUGGGGCUGCUGGGGAUGGAGAAGGCCGCGAGCCUGAGCGUCCUCAGGAUCCUGAACAAGUUCUUGGACGCUUACCAGGAGGACGUGCUGCCUUGGCACGAGUGUGUGGAGCCCUGCGCAUCCCUUCUGAGCAGCCACGGUGGCAGCUGGGAGGUGCUGCAGGAGGUCGUCGGCUUCCUGCACCGCCUGGGCAGCGCCAGCAGGGACUGUGCGGUGGUGAUGUGCCGCGGGGGCACCCGCGAGGCUCUGUCCAAAGCCCUGGAAAAGCACAGCGCGGUGCCGCCGCUGGCGCCGGCCCUGCUCGACCUGUUGGCGGAGUGUGAGAAGUACGCCGGCCUCUACAAGAAGCUGACCGGCGGCAUCUUGGCCGGCUGCAUCCAGCUGGUCCUGGGCCAGAUUGAGGAGCACCGCCGGAGCCAGCAGCCCGUCAGCAUCCCCUUCUUUGAUGUCUUCUUGCGCAACCUGUGCCGAGGCUCCGGCACGGAGGUGAAGGAGGACAAGUGCUGGGACAAGGUGCAGGUCUCUUCCAACUCGCACCAGGCCGGCAGGCUCACGGACGGGAACCCCAAGACCUACUGGGAGUCGAACGGCAGCACGGGCUCGCACUUCAUCACCGUGCACAUGCAGCGCGGGGUGGUGAUCAGGGAGCUGAGCAUGCUGGUGGCCGGCGAGGACUCCAGCUACAUGCCGUCGCGGGUGGUGGUGCUGGGCGGGGACAGCCCCGCCGCCGUCAGGACGGAGCUCGGCGCGGUGACCGUCCUGCCCUCGGACAGCAGAGUGACCCUGCUGGAGAACAUGACGCGCUUCUGGCCCGUCAUCCAGAUCCGGGUGAAGCGGUGCCAGCAGGGUGGCAUCGACACGCGCGUGCGUGGCAUCGAGGUGCUGGGUCCCAAGCCCACUUUGUGGCCCAUCUUCAGGGAGCAGCUGUGCCGGCGGACGUUCCUGUCCUGCGCUGCUCGGGCUCACGCCUGGAGCCAGGAGAUCUGCCGAGACCGGGGCCGGCUGCUGCAGCUCUUUGACAGACUGAACCGGGCGCUGCAGCACGAGCAGAGCUUUGCCAGCCGCUUCCUUCCUGACGACGAGGCGGCCCAGGCGUUGGGCAGGACGUUCUGGGAGGCCCUGGUGAACCCUCUGGUGCAGAGCAUCACCAGCCCAGACCCCGCUGGAGUCAGUCCCCUGGCCUGGCUGCUGAGCGAGUACCUGCAGAGCGUGGAGCUGCCCAGCCGUGCCACGGGCCGCGGGGCCGCCUUCGGCUCCUGCGUGCGGCGCCUGACCCAGCUCCUGGUGCACGUGGACCCCGGCGGCCCCGAGGCGGAGGAGAGCCGAGCAGCAGCGGGUGGGAAGGAGGAGAAGAACAAGGAGGUGCCAGCCAAAACUGCCAAGGUGGCGGGGGAGAAGUCGAGAGGGCUGUGGGGAAUCUCGCAGUGCUGGCGUGGCGUGGUGCAGCAGCAGGUGCAGCAGUUCCUGCAGGCGGCGGGGCAGGCGCCAGACCUUGCGGAGCGGUACUGCCGGCUGUACCAGCACCUGCGCGGGGCCACGGAGGAGCUUUUUGGGCAGCAGGCUGCCUUCGUGCUGGCCCUGGGCCAGGGCUUUGCAGGGGCUCUGCUGCAGCUCCCCUUCCUCACUGCCCUGCACGUGAGCGAGCAGUUUGCCCGGUACCUGGACGUGCGGAUCCAGGAGCUCCGUGGGGCGGCGGGCAGCGCGGAUCCUCUGGAGCGGCUGCAGCGGUUCCUGGAGCCCUUCGGCGUCUUCAGCGGCCUGGAGCUCGCCCACAGCUUUGAACACUUCUACAGGCUCUACCUGGGGGACCGGCUCCUGACACGAGGCCCGUCGUGGCUGGAAGAAGGCAUCGUGGAGCAGCUGGGGCCGUGCUUCCCCAGCCGCUUUCCCCAGGAGAUGCUGAGCAACUUGGCCGAGUCGGAGGAGCUGCAGCGGCAGUUCUGCCUCUUCCAGCUGCAGGAGCAGGACAGGCGGCUGCUGGAGCUGGACGCGGGCCCGGACGAGGUGCUGGGAGCGGCCCCAGGGGCGGACGUGGUGGAGGUGAAGGUGCUGGCCCUGUCCCCGCGCUGCUGGCCCGUGUCCCCGCUCUGUCACAUGGAUAACCCUGCCAGGUUUUUCCCGGCGGUGCUGAGCUCGCCCCUGGAGGAGUUUGCUGCUUUCUGCCGGCAGAGGCAGAGCCGGCCGGGCUGGGAGCGCACCGAGCCCCGGCGGCUGCAGUGGACGUGGCUGGGCCAUGCUGAGCUGCAGUUUGGAGACUGCGUUCUGCACGUGUCCACGCUGCAGAUGUACAUCCUGCUGUGCUUCAACAGCGCCCAGGAGGUGGCUGUGGAGGCCCUGCUGCGGGACACGGGGCUGCCGGCUGAGCUGCUGCGCCACGCGCUGACACCGCUGACCCACGGCCAGGGCGUCCUGGUGGGGAGCUGCAGCCCUGGGGGUGCGCUGCGGCUGAACCAGGCGGCCCUGGCCCGGAGCCGCGGGCGCCGGCUGAGGCUGCUGCCCCAGCAGAGGUACCUGCGCGCGGAGAGCGCCGAGGUGAGCGCCCUGGAGAGGAAGAGGAACGUGCUGUGCUGCCUCAUCGCCCGCAUCCUCAAGGCGGAGAAGCGGCUGCACGUGGACAGCCUGGCGUUCAGGGUGAUCCGCGCCUGUCAGAAGGGCGAGCUGGGGCCGGGGCUGCGCUUCCUGAGCUUCUGCUGCCACAGCGUGGACGUGCUGUCCUGCGUCCUGCACCUGCUGAACCAGGGCUAUCUCCGGCGCCAGGAGGGGAGGCCUCAUGUCCUGGAAUACGUCUCUGCUGAAUCCACAACACCUCCUGGUGGCCAAGCACAGAUGACUUUCCAGUGCAGGCCAGCCCAGGCAUGUCUGGAGGAGGACAGCAGAGACGGCCUGCACUGGUGGAGUCCUGGCACAGACAGGGAGGAAGAAUAUCUCAUGGCAAUGCUGCAGGUGCCCAUGGGGCACACGCUCAGUCCCGAGGAGGCGAAGCUGCUCAUGAACCAGACAGUACAGCGGGUCCAGGAUACCCUGAGCAUACCGGAUGAUGUUGCUCAGCACCUCCUCAUGCACUGUAGGUGGAAUGUGGAUUUCCUGAUCCAGUGCUAUGUGGAGAACCGUGAGGCCCUGCUCAUCUCCUCAGGGCUGCAAGUACAGGAUGUCCAGCCUCCCCCAAGCCCUGGAACCCACUGCCCAGUCUGUGUGAACCAGCUGUGUCCCACUGAGAAGCCACCAACCCUUUGCUGCAUGCACUACUGUUGCAAGCCCUGUUGGAGGGAGUACCUGACAACCCGCAUUGAGCAGAACAUGGUUGUCAACUGCACCUGUCCCAUAUCCGAGUGCCGUGCUCAGCCCACCACUGCCUUCAUCUACUCCAUCCUGUCCUCCCAGGAGAUCAUCGCCAAGUAUGAAAAAGCGCUGCUCAGACGCUACGUGGAGUGCUGCACCAACCUGACAUGGUGCACCAACCCUCAGGGCUGUGACCAGAUCCUCCUCAAGGAUGGACUUGGUUAUGGAGCAGCCUGUUCCAAGUGCUCCUGGAUAUCCUGCUUCAACUGCAACUUCCCAGAGGCCCAUUACCCUGCCAGCUGCAGCCACAUGUCUCGGUGGGUGGAUGAUGAUGGAUACUAUGAGGGAAUGACAAGCGAAGCCCAGAGCAAACAUCUGGCUAAGCUCAUUUCCAAGCACUGCCCAAACUGCCAGGCUCAGAUAGAGAAAAACGAGGGGUGCCUGCAUAUGACAUGUGCGAAGUGUAAUCAUGGCUUCUGCUGGCGCUGCCUCAAGCCCUGGAGACCCAAUCACAAGGAUUAUUACAACUGCUCUGCUAUGGUGAGUAAAGCAGCUUGGCAGGAGAAGCGUUUCCAGGACUACAACGAGAGAUGCACCUUUCAUCACCACGCCAGGGAAUUUGCCCUAAGUCUGAGGAACAGCAUUUCUUCCAUGAGAGAGAUGCCAAAAAUUAGGAACUUGACCUUUGCUCUUGAUGCCUGCAAAGUGCUAGAACAGGCACGGAAGGUGCUGGCCUACUCCUGUGUGUACAGCUACUAUAACCAGGACACUGAGAGCGUGGAUAUUGUGGAACAGCAGACUGAGAACCUGGAGCUGCUCACUAAUGCUCUGCAGAUCCUGCUGGAGGAAACCUUGCUGCAGUACCAGGACUUGGCCACUUCUCUUCAGCUGCUGAAGGCAGAGCACUUCCGAGCGGGUUUGGAGUUGGUGCGGCAGAUCAGGGAGCGGCUCUUUGCAAUUCUCUGGCACUCCACACAGGAUUUCCACGUUGGGCUCCAGACCUCAGGAGAUGCUGUUCAGAGAAAGCUGAAACUCGCCAAUGUGCCUGCUUCAGCCCUUGCAUGUACAGGGCAAAAACGUAUCAUCCUGUGUGACUCCCCCAACACAGAGGAAGAUGGCAAGGAGGUUGAAGAUGAGGAGUAUUAUCCACAGUGGGAUGAAGACUACGAUGAUGAUGAUGACCUUGAUGAAGACAACUUUAUGAUUGACAAUGAGUCAGAUUGUGAUUCUUACUUUGAUGACGAUGACAGCUAUCAUAGCUAACACCAGAAGCGUUCUCUCACCCAGCCUGACACCUUGGACCUCUGCCUCUACUUUAUCUCAAGCAGAUUGUGUUAAUGUUUUUCCUCAGAGGCAGGAAGGAGCUCUCAGAUGAAACAAAACCAUCUCCUCUGGGAGGUUUCUUGCUCAGUGACUCUUGAACAUCCAGGAAUGUGCUCUGGGCACCUGGUCUGUGUUACUGUGGCCACCUCUCAGAGAGAAUCUCCUUGCCUUUUUCUCUUUUCUCCAGUUCUGCCUAGAGGUAUUGAAUUGAGUUAGGAAGUCACAGCCCACCUGCAGAGUGAGGGCCAACUGUUAAAGGGCUGCUCCUUGUCCUUGGGGGCGCUGUCCCCAAGGGCUGGGCACAGCGGAGGGUGGCACGUGUCCCAGCAUGACACUGUCUAGCAAUGGCCAGUGUCUAGAAAUGCUGUAAAAAGAUGAAUUCACACUCAAGUUAAAGCUCCCAGCUGGAGCUGGUGGGAUUCUUCGCAGCCCCAGAUGGAUGUGGUUCGGUUCCUCUGGUUGGGAGGGCUGCAUUUUUGCUCUUUGUUGGAGUUUUCUUCUCUGUUAUGAAGCAGGAAGGGCUACUAUGAGUGACACAAGCUUGCAGGAUUGUUUAAGUUUAUAAGUAUAUGCACACACAUAUAUAUAUUUUAUAUUUAUAUAUAUAUAUAUAUAUAUAUGCAGAGGUUGUUCAGAUAAUACUGUAUCUUUGCAAAAAAAAA